UGCUCAGACCAUCUCCUCCCUCCUGUUUCCAUUAGCACGCUUCCGCUUUAUCGACCAAUCAGAGUGCGAUGCGCAGCAGCUUAUAAAGAGAUCUGCCGUCGAUCUGUUCACCCCUCUGUCCCCGCCGUCCUAUGAAUCUCUGAGCCGAGCCGCAUCCCCCAAAUCUACCGCAACCGUUAAGAUGGCGACCCGGAGCAUGCAAGCUGCCCGAUGUCCGACAGAUGAGCUGUCGCUGACUAACUGUGCUGUCGUGAAUGAGAAGGAUCUGCAGUCAGGACAACAUGUGACGGUGAAAACUACACCAAACCACAAGUAUGUGUUUACAGUCAAGACCCAUCAUACUGUAGCGCCUGCAAACAUCGCCUUCAGCCUGCCACAGAGGAAAUGGGCUGGUCUAUCCAUUGGUCAAGAGGUGGAAGUGUCCAACUACAACUUUGACAAGUCCAAGCAGUGUAUUGGCGCCAUAACAAUCGAAAUUGACUUCCUGCAAAAGAAGAGCACCGACUCCUCUCCCUAUGACUCGGACAAGAUGGCCGCUGAGUUUAUCCAGCAAUUCAACAACCAAGCCUUCUCUGUCACCCAGCAGUUAGUUUUCAGUUUCUGCGACAAACUUUUUGGUGUGAUGGUGAAGGAUAUAGAGGCAAUGGACGCCAGCAUCCUGAAAGGGGAACCAGCUAUUGGAAAAAAGCCCCAAAAGAUCGACGUCGGUCUAAUGGUGGGAAACAGCCAGGUCAUUUUUGAAAAGGCAGAGAAUUCUUCUCUCACACUAGUUGGUAAGGCAAAGACCAAGGAGGCCCGGCAAACAAUCAUUAACCCUGACUGGAACUUUGAGAAAAUGGGAAUUGGAGGUCUGGACAAGGAGUUCUCUGCCAUUUUCCGCAGAGCUUUUGCUUCCAGGGUUUUCCCGCCUGAUAUUGUGGAGCAGAUGGGUUGUAAACACGUGAAGGGGAUCUUGCUGUUUGGGCCACCAGGAUGUGGAAAAACAUUGAUGGCCAGGCAGAUUGGCAAGAUGCUUAACGCCCGUGAGCCGAAGGUGGUCAACGGUCCAGAGAUCCUCAACAAGUACGUGGGAGAGUCUGAGGCCAACAUCCGCAAACUAUUUGCAGAUGCAGAGGAGGAGCAGAAGAGGCUUGGUGCUAACAGCGGCCUCCAUAUCAUCAUCUUUGAUGAGCUGGAUGCUAUCUGCAAGCAGAGAGGAACUGGUGCCAGCAGCACAGGCGUGCACGAUACGGUGGUCAACCAGCUUUUGUCAAAAAUCGAUGGCGUGGAGCAGCUUAACAACAUCCUGGUUAUUGGAAUGACCAACAGGCCUGAUCUCAUUGAUGAUGCUCUCAUGAGGCCUGGCAGGUUUGAGGUGAAGAUGGAAAUCGGUCUGCCUGAUGAGAAGGGACGUGUCCAGAUCCUAAACAUCCACACCAGUAAGAUGAAAAACUACAACCUACUGGCUUCAGAUGUUGACAUAAAGGAGCUGGCCGCUGAGACGAAGAACUACAGCGGCGCCGAGCUAGAGGGGCUUGUCAGGGCUGCGCAGUCCACCGCCAUGAACCGACAUAUCAAGGCCACAUCUACGGUUGAGGUGGACAUGGAGCGGGCAGAGAAGCUGCAGGUCACCAGAGCUGACUUUUUUGGAUCCCUCAACAAUGACAUCAAGCCUGCAUUCGGUACAAAUCAGGAAGACUAUUCCAGCUACGUCAUGAACGGCAUCAUCAAAUGGGGCGACCCCGUCAACCAUAUCCUGGAGGAUGGAGAGCUGCUCGUCCAGCAGACAAAGAACAGUGAUCGGACUCCUCUGGUGGCUGUACUGCUGGAGGGUCCACCUCACAGCGGAAAGACAGCCUUGGCAGCUAAGAUUGCUGAGGACUCUCAGUUCCCCUUCAUUAAGAUCUGCUCUCCUGACAAGAUGAUUGGAAGCUCAGAGAUCUCCAAAUGCCAGGCUAUCAAAAAGGUCUUUGAUGAUGCAUACAAGUCACAGCUUAGCUGUGUUAUGGUGGAUGAUAUCGAACGCCUGUUGGACUAUGUGCCUAUCGGCCCUCGUUUCUCCAACCUUGUGCUGCAGGCUUUGCUGGUGCUGCUUAAAAAGCCUCCACCCAAGGGCCGUAAGCUGCUCAUCAUCGGCACCACCAGCAGAAAGGAUGUUCUGCAAGAGAUGGAGAUGCUGGAUGCCUUCAGCACCACUAUCCACAUUCCCAACAUCUCCACUGGCGAGCAGUUAGUCGAUGCCUUAGAGCUGCUGGGAAGCUUCACUGAUAAAGAGCGAGCCAGCAUCGCUCAGCAGCUCAAGGGGAAACGGGUCUGGAUCGGCAUUAAGAAGCUUCUGGUGCUCAUUGAGAUGUCCCUUCAGAUGGAUCCAGAUUACAGAGUGAUUAAAUUCAUGACUCUGCUUAGAGAUGAGGGAGCGCUGCAUGACGGUGAUCAAAUCCGAAUUUAACCUGUCAGUCCCUCCUUACUGUAAUCGAAGUUUGUAAGAGUCGAGGGAGCAGUGGAAUUAAGGAGACUCAUUAUCUGCAAGACAUCAACAAGAACCAACAAGCUGGGAGAGGCGGAAAAAAAAACAGAUCCCCUGUUCUCUGUCGACCCAUUCAUCACCUGGUCUAUAAUAUAACUUGACAAACUUCUCUCAUCCACGGCAUGUUUCAUUGAGAAAAUGUCACUGUACCCUCUGCCUACUUCUAUCCAACAUUUCUAACAGCACUUAUAAACAUAUUGCAGUCAUCUAUUGGGAGUGUAAUGAUUGAAUCUGUUCUCUUUAAAGGAAUUGCAAUAGAAGACUGUGGAGAAAAAAAAAAGUUGUUUUGUGCAUUGUGCGUAACAUAUAUGAAAAGAGAAGCAGCGUUUUUAGCUCUACUAUCUGUUGUAUUUGUUGCAUAUUUCUUGUCCUGCUGAUGGUGGUUAUUGUGCAUCCUCACAAGCAGUAGAAACACAACAUUGUGCAUCCUCACAAGCAGUAGAAACACAACAAAGGCAGAAGUGACUUGAAUCCUUUUGCUGAGCAGGGGCAGUUCUAAACUAAGUUUAGUAGGGGGAAAAAACAAUGCAUGGUUUAGCGUUUGAAGUGAGCCACAAAGCUGAAUUUGCAGACUUCAGAUCUGACAGUUGAAAACUGUGAUUCUGUCAAUAAGGCUGAAACUCAAAGCUGACUGUGAUUUGUAGAUAAUUUAAAGUAAAUUUAAAGUGAAAUAUUAAAUUAUUCAAAGCAACAGAUCAGUUACAGUCUCUUCUGUCAGCAUAUAUCUUUAUAAGAAAUUAAUUUAGUAUUACACUGCAAAAAUAAAUAUAGUGUAAAUAAUAAAUAAGUGUAAAUUGAUGGUAAACAACAUGAUCUGCUAAGGUAAUGAGAAGUUUCCCCUACAAAAAUAAUACACUUAUCCACUUGAAAUAAGAUAACGGAGUUGCUUUUCUUGUUCUUACCAAUUGGCUGAAAUCAAGCAGAAAUACCUUCAUUAAAAAAAGACUUAUAUCUUAAUUUUUAUAGUGUAUCCUUUUAACACAGGAGCCAGGACCAGAUCUUGAUUGGGUGCUGGCCCCUGUUGGCCCCUAUCUAGAGCUCCCCAUGCUGCUCAGAUGUGAAAGCAAGAGAGGCUUUUAGUCAUUUAGUUGUUGCUGUACAGAAAAGCUGUUUCAUGUGUAAAUGUAAUCCCUUUAAAGAUACAGUAUGACAUUGUAAUGUAAAAAGUAUAUAUAUACAUAUAGAGACAAAGAAAAAUCAGUAUAUUAACAGAGAUGGAUAUUUCAUAGUUUGUCAGUAUCUUCUUCACUGAGAUGUUGAUUUGAGCAGAGAAUUGAUUUUGUGUUGUGUUAAAAACAAGUAAAGAAUUAUCGACUGUGUAUACGGUGGAGUUUAAUUCUUUGUUGGGAGUAUUAGGAAACCCAACGCUGCAUGUGUAUGGUGUGUGUGUGUGUUUGAAUGGUUAAUUCAAGUUUAUGCAAAUAGAAACAUGUGUGGGUGUGUAUGUAUUUAACUGUUUACCCGUAAAAAGA